UAAUAUGACAAAUAAAUUUAUAUUAUAUAAUAAAAAGUUGCAAAAAUAGUCGUAAAGAUUAGGACUUGUAAUUUCUCAAGUCCUUUUUUUUCGCUUGCUAUUUAGCUGGGCAUGUAUUACGGUGUACUUUCGGUUUACCCCUUUUCUUUCCAACUAUGCAUGCCAAGAGUUUGACAAAAUUCCUUCAGAGAUCCGAUAGCGGAUACCCCGAACAGAGGAUUAACAAUAUUUCAUAUUAGAUUAUUAUUGAUUUUCUGCAUAUCCAGUGCAGUCCAAUCCAUUACACAUGUGUGGCGCUUGAAUUGAUUAGAUCCUCCUGCUGCAGAAUUGGUCAACAUUCAGAAAUAAGGCCGAGGCUGUCUAUAUGCAGAUAUGGAUAAGCUUCCUGUUGAGAUUGUUGGGAAAAUUCUGUCCUGUCUUGGUUCUGCUCGUGAUGUUGUAAGAGCGUCCUUCGCAUGCAGAAAAUGGAGAGAAGCAGCAAAAAAUCACCUGCAUACUCUUUCAUUUCAAUACGCAGAUGGUUCAUUUUACAGGGAACUCAGUGCCAGCAGUCUUGAGAUACUUAUAACCCAAACCAUUUUUCAAACAAAUAGAUUGCAAAAUCUGUCCAUUUGCAUGGGUGAUUCAUUUGAAUUCUCAGCAGCCCCUGUGAUUGCUUGGCUUAUGUACACCAGAGAGACAUUGCGCAGUUUGGUAUAUAUGGUCCGUUCAAAACCUAGUUUAUGUAUUCUAGAGAAAUGUGGGAAACAGAAGCUUGAAACUUUAGUUUUAGGGCAUACUAUAGUAUCAGGGGUGGAGCCUAGUUACCAGAGAUUUCCCUGCCUAAAAUCUCUAUCCUUGCACUGUGUUAGUAUUUCUGGCAUAGAAUUGAUGCUUUUGUUGACUAUAUGCCCGAAGCUUGAAUCUCUCUCUCUUGUGAAUCCUGAUCUUACAGUUCCAGAUGUGGCAAGUUAUUUGGAAUUGAGCAAUCCUAGCUUGAAGAAUGUGUAUAUGGAAGAACUAAGCCUAGACAAAUUGAUUCUUGAAGCAGAUAACUUGGAGAGUUUACAUUUGAAGGAGACUACAAUUGAGCUUUUUGAAGUCAUUAGUAAGGGAAAUCUUAAGCAUCUAAAAUUUCAGGAUGUGACUCUCGUUAAUUUUGAGAUGGGAGAGACAAUGGAGAGCUUGGAGGUUGUGGAUGUUAGCAGUUUUACACUAAUGUGGCCAAAAUUCCACCAGAUGAUACUGAAAUCAGUUAAAUUGAAAAGACUGCGUAUUUGGGAUUUAAUGUUCGAUGUUGAAGAUGAGGUUAUGGAUCUGGAGACAAUAGCAACCAGUUUUCCUAAAUUGAGCAGCCUUGCUUUGAGCUAUGAUCUCAGUUAUGGACUUCUCCAGUUUGGCUUAAAGGGAUCAUCUCUGCUGGAAAAUGUGACAAUAUUGGAGUUAGGUUCAAUAGCAAUUAAUGACCUUUUCAGUCAAUGGAUAGCAGCAGUUCUUGAAAGAUGUCCAAGACUGAAGCAGGUUAUAAUUCACGGGAAUGUUUCUGAGGCAAAACUUCGUGAUGAUUACAGAAUAUUAUCAAGAUUUACCUCUUCCAUUGUUAGUAUUAUGAGAACGUUUGCAGAUGUUGAUGUGCAGUUUGAAUUCCAAUAAUAUGCCUUUCUAUUAGCUUGGACAUGAGAAUCCAGCCCAUCUCAACGAGAUGAUAAUGUAAAUAUGAUUUUUUUUCUAGUUCAGAAUCUAUGUUUCAAGGGAGUUUUUUAA